AUGCAAUCGGUGGAUCUGGGGACCGUAGAGUUUAAUAAGUUGUUGGUGUUGUGCUCGUCAUACUGGUGGGAUAAAGUGUCGGUGAAGGAGGCGGACGAGCCCUUGGUGCCGGUGGACCCAUUCAUGAUUAAGCUGCACUACCCCCGCUGUACCAGGAUAGAAUGGGACGCUUUGCAUAACUGGGAAAGUAGCACGUCUGCAGAACCAGCGAGACUCGAUGUUGACGAAGCGGUGGCGGUAGUGCUCCUGUUCACGUACCCGAACCGUCGCUGA